AUGUCUGCGUCACCAACUUCCGCUGGUCCAUCGACCAAACGUCCCCUAGAGGACCCGUCGUCCCCGUCUGGACCUACCGAUCAACCAGAGGCCAAGCGUCAAGCUUUGGAUAAGGUAGUAAAGGGGGAAGAUGACGAUGAACCAAAGGGCCAGGAAGGUGACAAGCCUGCCAACGAAAAGGGUGCAAACGGUGCUGAAACUACUGGUGAAAAUGGCGUCAAGGAUGGUCAAGGUGAUUUGCUUGUUCCUGAUGCCCCUAAUAAUGGCAAACCUGCUCCAGUCCCCGCUCUCGAGACGCAGCCCAUACAGUCCACAGCUUCCCACAACGACCGGGCCACAUCAAACCCUCCCGCUGCCAGCCAACCCGCCCAGGACGAGACUGGUUGGGUGCACAUCAGAGCAGUCAUCUCCAGCGCGGAGGCUGCCACUGUUAUUGGUAAAGGUGGAGAAAACGUCUCCCAAAUCAGACGUCUUUCUGGUGCCAAAUGUACUGUCAGCGACUACUCUCGCGGCGCGGUAGAGAGAAUCUUGACUGUUAGCGGUAUGCAAGAUGCAGUUGCAAAGGCUUUUGGUUUGAUCAUCCGUACCCUCAACAACGAACCACUUGAAGCACCAUCCACUGCCCAGUCCAAAACCUAUCCUCUUCGUCUCCUCAUCCCUCACAUUCUCAUUGGCUCCAUCAUUGGCAAAUCGGGUGUUCGCAUCCGUGAGAUCCAGGAGGCAUCUGGUGCUCGUCUCAAUGCUUCCGACUCCUGCCUACCCCUUUCCACCGAACGAUCACUUGUUAUUCUUGGUGUUGCUGACGCCGUGCACAUUGCAACCUACUAUGUUGCUGUCACCCUGGUUGAGCAGUUGACCGAGAGAUUUGGUGGCCCGGCCGCAUCCGCCUAUGCCACUCGAAGUGGCGGGCCAGCUGGAGUUGUUCCUGGCGGCAUGCAGGUCGUUCCUUACGUUCCCCAGCCAGCCGGAGGACAGUACGGCCACCCUGAUAACCUUCGCAGAAACAACCCACAGGCCAACCGCGCCGCCCCAGGAGGGUAUGGUGUUCCAUACAUGCAGCAGCCCGCUCCUCACCCUCACGCGCCGCAACCAAGUCUCCAUUACGGUGCCUCUCCCAGACAAGGAUAUACCGGUGCAGGCCCUCACCAGCCAGCUCCAUAUGGUGCUCCUCAACCUCCACACGGUGGUCACGUCCCUCCAGCCGGCCCACCAAUGGGUGCGGCCGUCCCUGGUCAGCCAUUGACACAACAAAUUUACAUUCCCAACGAUAUGGUAGGUGCUAUUAUCGGUAAGGGAGGAGCAAAGAUCAACGAAAUCCGACAUCUCAGUGGAAGUGUCAUAAAAAUCAAUGAACCUCAAGAUAACAGCAAUGAACGACUGGUCACUAUAACCGGAACCCAAGAGUGUAACCAAAUGGCGUUGUACAUGCUCUACUCGAGACUCGAGAGCGAAAAACACCGCGUCUAA